GAUGAUGUAAACGUGGUAUAUAUAGAGAGUAGAAACCUGCAGUCUCUCAAUUCAUCUAGAUCUCUGCCAGUCCACCACCAUGUACCUGUACCUCCUCAUCCUCCUCCAACUCCUUUCCUCUACUGGAUCCUCUGAGAGUGGUAUUGUGGGUGGUAAAAUAGCUAAACCCCACUCUAGGCCCUAUAUGGUCUCUCUGCAACACAGAGGACACCAUGUUUGUGGAGGAAUGCUCAUCUGGGAGGACGUUGUCCUGACUUCAGCACACUGCUUAAGGAAUGCUUAUCCUUUAAUGUUGUUGUUUGGAGCCCAUGACUUCAAGAAGAGUUGUCAAAAUAUUCAGGUGUCACAUUAUCAUCGGCAUCCCUUACAUGAGAAUAUAACGCAGAUCAGUUAUGACAUCAUGCUACUGAAGUUAAAGACCACAGCUCGUCUAACCGAGUAUGUGACGGUCAUUGGACUCCCAAAGGAGGAUGAACAUAUCCCAGCAUCCCCCAAAUGCUCUGUUGCUGGUUGGGGCAAGACUAACUCAAACAACAAACAGGGUUCAGACGUUUUGAUGGAAGUGGCAGUGACGUUGGAGGAUAACUCUGAAUGCAAGAGCGUGUGGCAGAAUUACUUUGACAUAAAACAAAUGAUGUGCACUCGUACUACCGGAGGGAAAGGAUUUUGUCAGGGAGAUUCAGGGGGACCUCUUAUUUGUAACAACAAAGCACAGGGUAUCGUUGCUUUUAAUUAUGCUGAGAGAUGUGAUGAUUCCAGAUAUCCUCAUGUGUACAUGGAAAUCCCUUUCUUUAUGCCCUGGAUUAAAGAGGUGUUGCAUGGAUAUGGUGCCAACAUGUCUUUAAACAAGCAGGAAUAAAGGACCAGGAAGUACAUUGAUGCUAGUGUAUUAACAUAAUGGUAUCUAUUCCUGCAUAGAUACACUGCUCAUCAUGCCCUGGAUAGAGGACAAGUUUCUUAUUUUUAUCAUUUUGUUUCCAUUUAAAACA